AUGGAGUCUGCGCAGUCGAAAAGAGUGUCCAAAGCAUGUGACGCGUGCAAGCUGCGCAAAGUGAAGUGCAAUGGACACGAGCGAUGUCAGCAGUGCAGCCACCUCGGCUUGAGAUGCGUCUAUUCCAUCUCCAACAAGACACGCUCACAGGGCAAGCGCGGACGCAUAAUCACUGAAUACAAGAACAAGACCUCGAGUACCGCUGUCACGUCUCCACCUAUCCUGCCGGCCAUCACAGGACAGGUUGCUCUGCCGCAGCGGGGCCCUACUUUGGCCUUCUCGGAAGAGCUUGACGGAUUGAAUUCACCUAUCGAGCCAGGCUUUCAAUAUGACCAAUCUUUCUUCUUGGACCUCAUCCCUGACUACAUGGCAGGCGUAUAUCCAGUACAGCCUGUCAUCCCAGAAGCAGAGCUCCGCGAGUACAUCGCUUCCAUGGAUGUGGACCAAGAACUUCGCACCUUCGUAUGUACUUUUGGGGCAUGCACAUUGAAUCUCACGCGAGCGGGCGACAAUCGAACCGACGAGGUUCUCCACAACAUCGAAACGCUCACGAACUAUGCCAUUUCGACAUUGAAGCCUGUUUACAAAACCUUUCGCUCCUCUGUGAUCAGAGCAAUGUCAUCCAUGUUCAUACACAACUGCCUUAUGAGCAUGUCAGCCAGCGACGCUGCCUUCCAUUACAUUCGCGACGCCAUUACCGCCGUCCAGCUGAUGAGAGUCGACAACGCAGAUACCAUGGCUCAGUUACCCCCUCCGGAAAGAUCUCGAAGGCAGCGUUUGUACUGGCAAGCUUACAUCCACGAGCGAUUUCUCGCGAUUCUCGAUUACCGCAAUGCUAUCCUACCACCUUUGAAUGCUCUGCCGGAAGCUGACCCCAAUAUACCCGUCCAAGUUCAUGAUGGCUUCAUUCAGAUCAUCAAGCUUUUCCGCCUUCUCGAUCCCGAGUUCAUCCAGAAUUGGCUGGGUAGCCAGGGAAAUGUCACCUCCACUUGGAUUGAAGAGAAAACCCGGGAACUUGACGGCGAUGAAGAGAGCAACGCGCGGGAACUCGCUAAUCUGUCAACUAUGCAACGGGCCGACCUCGCCAUCACCCGAGAAUGGCUUCGAACGCUCAUCUGGCGCCUGGCAAUGGGGAAGUCUCUAUUAUCAUCAAAAUCAUCCAAAGAGUGCCUCUCUCUCCUGUUCCCUGUUCGGCUGUCGCAAAACCUCCGGCAACAAGUUACCAGCAUGUCCCGACACGACAUCGAGGUGCACGGCAGCAGCAUCGUACAGAAGCUCUUCGAAAUCACAGACACCAUCUCCGACGUCCUCAUUCAUGUACCUGCCACCACGCUGGAAGAGACGUCCCUUCGCAUCGACGACUUCCUGUUCAUUCUCGACUUCGUCCUUCAGUUCCCGACGCUCGACGCCACGCGGAGGGGGAUCCUGCUGGAAAAGCUGGAGCGCCUGCAGGGCCUCUUCCCCGAAGUGGUCAGCAGUGCGAGCUCUCCCAACCUGCCGAUCGAGCUGCAGUCUCCGACCAACGACCCCUGGUACCAAGUCGCGCAGUCGAAGAUCGGUCCGGACACGGAUAUGGACCCUGCUGGACUGCAGGGGCUCGCACCUCUGCCGUACAUGGGCCCAUCGCAGCCGAAUCCAAGUGCGAACCAUCAUGCCGCCACUUGGAACCAUAUUUCUAGACGACUGUCGAUGGCGCACUUUCCGGUGAGCUGA